UACUGAGCGAAGAAAUAUGGCUGAGAGAGGUGGAAGAAGGGAUUUUGGGUCUUUCCAGUCCUCGAAUGUUCAGGAGCUGAUUGAUCUACCAGAGGACCAGUAUGAACCACCAUCUAUGCCCUUUGACCUCCCCUCCUUUGAGGACUACAAGGAUCCAGAAAAGUGUCCGAACUUUGGGAAAGAGAUGAGAAAAAAACACUUUUUAUUAGAGGAAGACUGUACCUUCCUGAACCAUGGAGCCUUUGGUGCUGCCCUGAAGGAUGCCCUGGAUGUUGCCAUGAAAUGGCAGGUACAUGUGGAACGACAGCCGCUCCGUUUCUUUGACAGACAGGUGUUACCUCACCUGGUGUGGGUCAGCCGCAGGGCGGCACAGUUUGUAGGAGCAGACCCCAGAGACAUCGCCUUGGUAACCAACGCGUCCACCGGCACCAAUGCUGUGAUCAAGAGUCAGAAGUUCAGCCCCGGAGACGUGAUCUACUGCCUCAGUGUCACGUACGGCGCGGUGAAGAAACUGUUGUCACACGUACGUGAUGAGACGGGCGUCACCAUACAGGAGGAGAUGGUCAAGUUUCCUCUGGAAGGUCCAGAACAGAUUGUUACAUUAGUACGAGACACCCUGAGACCAGGCACACGGCUGGCAGUGUUUGACCACAUCCCCAGUAACACCCCCUACAUCAACCCACUCAAGGAGAUUAUUGACAUCUGUCAUGACAGAGGAGUUCCAGUGUUAAUAGAUGGAGCACAUGCACUUGGAGCUCUCCCAAUCAACAUCAGGUCAUUGAACCCAGACUACUAUGUGACCAAUGCCCACAAGUGGUUCUGCUGUCCGAAGGGCGUGGCCCUGCUGUAUGUGAGGAGAGAUCUACAGGAGACGACACGCCCGCUGGUGGUGUCCCACGGUCACGGGGCGGGGUUCAACGCUGAGUUUGCCUUCCCAGGUAUGAAGGACUACAGUUCUCUGUUGUCUCUCCACACUGUGUUGGAUUUCUGGCAGUGUGUGGGACCAGAGAGGAUUCAGACGUACAUACAUGACCUGGUGUCACAGGCAGCACAACUACUGAUGGAGAAAUGGCACACCAGACUACUGGCACCUCUCAGCAUGUUCGCCUCCAUGGCGCUGGUGCAGUUACCUCCUGCCUUCCAUGGUGGCGCUGCUGCGACCUAUGACCUGGCUGAGAAGAUACAGAACCAACUGUACCACAGGUUUAACAUUGAGGUGCCACUGAAGGCAGUGCAGGGGGAGCUGUAUGUCAGGAUAUCUGCCCACAUCUACAACGAACUUGCUGAUUAUGAGACGUUGGGAGAUGCCAUCUUACAACUUCAAUCUGAACUGCAGUAGAGCUUUCCAGAUAGACUUAUCUAUGAUCACUCAGGGAGCAAGAUUUACUAGCUAAUUUUUGUACUCUGAAAUAAGCAAGUUUUUAAGUCUAGUCUAAUAUACUAGUAGGAUGUCAUGGUCUACUCAGUAUAACUGAUAGGUCUAUGUGCCUUUUGGUAGCCUGAAUGCCAGUCUUUAUCAAGUAUCUCCACUUUGCAUGUUGCAACUGGGCAAUAUGCAAAAAUUUACAAGAAUUUUUAUCAGGCAUACCUUGAUGAUGUAUUAAUUUUGAGAAAUCAACAAUUUACAAAUAUGAUACAAUGAAUGAAAAUAAGACAGACACAAUUGACAGUUUGCUUGGUUGCACUUCCUGUGUUAGCACUUUUAAUUUAAGAUGCACAAUUUUAGCUACAAAUUAAUUCUAAAUGACACUAAGUUACAUCUCAAUCAGAGACUCACAAAAAUAUGCAGAGGGAAAAGCAUGCGAUGUAUGGGUCUCUACGUACAAUUAGUGCAGAUUUAUGUAUUCAAAUCUGUAAAUGGAAAAAUUAAGUCAUUUUUGCACUGCAACUGUUUUAUCACACACUGAAGAAAAUGGAAUAAAUGUAAGCACAGACAAAUGUGACAUUUUACCAAAGAAACAUGAGUUAGUACUAAAAGUGCCUGACAUGACAGCUUGGAUCUGUCAUCUACCUAAAUCAAGCAAUAGAAUUAAUAUGGCAAACA